AUGUCUGCAGUUAGCGCCCGUCCGAGUUCAUACGGGGAUCGUCUUGGCAGUGUUGUUGUGGAUGAGAACAGCGAUGCGGAGCGACAGCUGUGCAGCAUGGUCGACGCGAUCAUCGCAACGUCUACCCGCACGCUCCAGAAGGCCACUAGGGACGUGAACAGCACCGACCCCGCGUUUGUGAAGGCGGCGUCGCUUUUCCAGGCCAAUGGAAUCCGCAUUUCCCCUGCCGAGCCCGACGAGAACAUUUCCAGUGCUGCAAGCCCUGCCGCUGCCGAGUCCGUUCUGCGCAUCCAGCUGGAGAACUGCCGCAACCUCCUCCGCACGGUCGACUGUGAGCGCCGACGUUUGCGCAGUCAGUGCAUCUACCUCCAGAAAGAGCACGAGCUUCGACGUGCAGAGGUACAGUUGAUGCAUCGCUACUCGACCGAGUCGCAUCAGCGCUCGCUGACGCUAGAGCGCCAGAUUGCAGAGGAGCGCCAGAACCGUAGGCGGCUGCAGGACGAGGUGGAUGCUCAAGCGCAAGAGGUCAUGCGCCUUCGCCGUGUUCUUCGUGCCCUGCCGGCCAACGUCUUGAGGUCUCUGGGUCCGCAUCAUCCCGCCGACGGCGCUGCGGCAGACCUUGUGCUGACGCUGGCACCGGACCGCCGCUUUGAGGAGGCCUUUCGGGACAAAAUGAACAGCAUCGUGUACAAGCGACGUUAUCGCCAAGCAAGUGCAAUGCAUCAGGCGGCCCGCGAGCAGGUUGAGGUGAUGAUGAUGGAGCAGCAAGAUCCCUUGCAGAUCGCGGCGAGGUUUCCCUACGUCGGUGAGGGCGCGUCAACCGCGGGCGCAACGUCGACAGAGUCAGUCGGGAAGAGGGAAUGGCAGGGCUGCAGCAGUGGCGGUUUCAGCCUGCUCGAAUCUCUGCCCCAAGGGAUUGGUGGAUCGCGGCCGGCAGAGACGAUAAAUGCCACUGCAGCUGGGACGAGUGCGAACAGCGCACCCAUGCACUCAGCACUGGAAUUUCCUUUCCAGUUACCCUUCACGACAGUCACUCCGAAAGACGCGUACAUUAAAUUUCUCGUGUAUCACUCCGCGUAUGCGGAGCCACUCACCCAGCUGCGCGAGUACGUGCUGAGGCUAAGCUCGCGCCUCAAGACAGCGCAGGACGCCGGGCUGCGCGCGCUAUACGCCACGUUUACUCAGGUGCUACAUCUCCUCGGAUCCGCCCCUGCACAGGCGCAGUGGCGCUCUCUCUACGAGCGCGAGAUCGAGAAAAUGCAGCGCGCCCACCGCGACCUGCUAUACGCCGUGAUCGAACAGGCGAACAUGGCAGCCACGCAGAUACCGGAGCUUGAGCGCGCUAGCGGUGCUGCUACGGCCCGGGGCGAGCUCACCGGGGGCGCUCCGCAGCGCCGGGACGUGGGCUGCAGCGCGCAUGAAUUAACCACGAUGGAAAAGUACAGGAUCUCCCAGCUCAAGGAGCAGCUGGAUCAUCUCAAACUGCACUCGCUCGAGGCGGAGGCCACGGCGGAGAAGGAAAAAGAGGAGAUGGCCAGGCAGUGCUCGACUGCGCGUCAAGGCACCUUGCAGGCUCUGCAGUCCCUCAAAGCGCUCGCCAAGUGUGUCGUGUGGUCGGUGCGGGCUCACGGUGCCGCCGACGGUGGCGUCUAUGACCCCUUCGCUCAACUGUUUGAUCCUCUCACCGAGGAGGUGCUCGACGACCCGCGCCUCGUUACCAAGACGGCAGAGGCAACGGACUUGACCCUAUCGUACUUGCGCCUGCUCGGUCACAGCGGUGGCGGUGGCGGGCGAGGUAAAAGCGCACAGCGCCACCACCUGGGGCUCGGGGCCGUACCUCUUUCGUCUUCCCAAACGUCGGGAACGGACGGGGCGCGAGAGGGCGCGCUCGUGAACGCCAUCGACAUUAGCCGCACUGCCUCUGAUGACACCGCACCGUCGUGCUUUUCAAAGGCUCAGUCGUCUCGGAGGCAAUCGGCACCGUCAGCGGUGCAGGCUCCGCGUCACCGCACUCGCAGCAGCUCCUUGGGCUACCCAAGGCGUCGGCUCAGCACGCCACAACUGCCACCCAUGGCAAGCAUCCCAGCCGUGUCGGGGAGGACGACAGGCUUUUGCAAGCGCCAGAGCAGCGGCGUGGCUUCAUCAACACACUCUCCUGCUGAAGGCGAUCUUUCCUCGACAAAAGCGUCGGCCGCGCUAUCUCUUCAGAACACGGUGAACUCACGGAAGGCCUGCGCCAGGGAAACCGGCCCUAAGCCUCAGGCGACUGUCGCCGUCAUCGAGCUCGGCUUUCGUGAAGGCGAUGCUCCACGGUAG